AUGGAGGAAGGGAAGUUCUUGGGUUUUGUCAUUACCAAAGAUGGGUUCAUGGCCAAUCCCGAGAAAGUGCAAGUGAUAGAGAGGAUGCCUUCCCCGUCAACAAUAAAAGAAAUGCAGAAGUUGGUAGGACGUUUAGCAGCAUUAAAUCGUUUCCUUGCCAAUCACGCAGCAAAAUCGUUUCCAUUCAUUAAAACCCUUCGCAACUGCGUAAAGAAAAACCAGUUUUUAUGGACUCUAGAAGCAGAACAUGCGUUCCGAGAAAUUAAAGACUGUCUGAUACGCCUACCAACGCUAACAGCUCCAAUGAAAGGCGAACCGUUGGUCAUGUACUUGUCGGCUUUAGAGAAAGUAGUAGGAGCAGUUCUACUAGUCGAUCGACAAGGCGUACAAACACACCAAUACUUUGCUAACCAUGUCAUACACGUUCUGACAAAUUACAACAUCGGCAACAUCCUCACAAGUCCGGAGAUAUCAGGCAGAUUAGCAAAGUGGGCUAUCGAGUUGGGGGGCCAUAACGUGGUUUUCAGACCAAGGCCAGCGAUCAAAGGUCAGGUGCUAGCUGAUUUCCUCACAGAGGUACCUUACGAUAAAGACAGAGAAUGCAAAGCAAUGGAGAAGGCAGAAAAACAAUACUCGGAGGAGCCAUGGCUAUUAUAUACAGAUGGCGCAUCUAAUGAAGAUAGAGCGGGUGCAGGACUAAGGUUGGUAAGUCCAGAAAAGCACGAGAUCACAUACGCCAUUCAGCUGGACUUCAAAAUCACAAACAAUGAGGCCGAGUAUGAAGCUUUUCUUGCUGGCUUGCGGCUGGCAAUCAAGAUGGGGGUUAAACACAUAGAAGCACACGCAGGUUCAAUGCUCGUGGCUGGGCAGAUCAAUGGUCAGUAUGAUGCCAAGGGAGACGUCAUGGCACUAAGUGAAAACAAACCAGCAGAUGCACUGAGCAAACUCGCGUUAACUAGUUUCCAACAUCUGGCUAAAGACGUGCGCAUUGAAGUUCUAAGCAAUCCAUCAGUCCCAUUGAGGCAGGUAAACGUCAUCCAGCUUGGGGCAACAUCCUGGAUGACUCCGAUUAUCAUGUAUCUCCAAUCUGAAAUUUUACCCGAAAACAAAGUUGAAGCAAGAAAGAUACAAUACAAGUCUGAACAUUACCAAAUGUCUAAUGGCAUCCCGUAUAGAAAGUCAUACCUUGGACCACUACUACGAUGCGUAGAUCCAGAAGAUGCCAACUACUUAAUCCGCGAAGUACACGAAGGCAUCUGUGGCAUUCACGUAGGCCCAAGAAUGGUAGUAGCAAAGGUGACGAACGUAGGCUACUACUAG